AGGCCACUUGCACAGUAUUUAAGCCUCCCCACCAACGACUAGGGACCAGUGAGAACACACAGUGGAAACAUCAUCGGCCGACAGACCGGCAGGCCUCCACCAGACGUAAAGCAUUCUGAAAAGAAAGGAACACCAUGCCCUCAGCGUAAUGUCUGCCGAAGUUUCAUUGCACAAGUUCUCCUUUCCAUUUGCCUGCUCUGUAAGCCUUUCUUCUCAAGACAAGGUAACCCAGAAGGUACCAGUACUGGUAAAGAACCCAGAAGUUCAUAAACUUAAAGAGAACCCAACAUUAGGGGAGGAGAACCACAUUACAGUUGUACAGGCAUUAGUGAACAAUGAGGGCCGAGGAGCUCUGGAGAGCACAAAACCUGCUGACGCGGGAGACACAGUUGCCGCCCGGCCCUGUGUCAGUCCAGAAGCCUCCCAGAAUGCCAUGGUUGCCAGGCAAAGCGCGGCAGAAAAUCUGAGAGCGGAGGGCGAGGAUCAACGUCCGGCAGCGAAGAGGCAGCUGUCCUCAGAGAGCGCAGCCAAGUCCAUCACAGCUGUGAAAAAAAGUGCACUGAGGAAGGAGCCAAACGAACAGAAACACCUGCACCAGAAAGCACAACUGGGACAAGGAGGGGGAGGAAAAGCUGCUCUGCCAGGCAAAAGAAAGCGUCGGACGGACCUGUUCAAGAGCUCAGAGGUGUUCCACAGGCUGGACUCCCAUGUCAUCAGGGCCGGAGAAGAGCUGAAACUGAAGCGUGUGUAUGAUGUGAAGACCAUUGUACAAAGCAUCACACAGGGAUGCAGAAACGAGCUGGAGCAACUACGAGCCAUCUGGGUGUGGCUGUGUAACAACAUUGAGUACGAUGUGAGCGGGUAUCUUGGCCACACAGAAAAGCUGAGCUCCCCAGAGGAGGUGAUAGCUGCCGGCCGCGGGGUUUGCUGUGGCUACUCCAAUCUUUGUACAGAGAUGUGCAGAGAAAUGGGAAUCGAGUGCAAAGAAGUGCCUGGCCACAGUAAGGGCAUCGGUUACCGUCAAGGUCAUAGUUUAAAGAAUGUGAAGUCGGAUCACCUGUGGAACGCUGUGCGUCUGGGGGGGGAGUGGUUCCUCCUGGAUGCCUGUUGGGGAGCUGGACGAGUAGAUAUGCAAAAUGAAAGCUUUGUCAAAAGGUUUGAUGACUUCUAUUUCCUAACUGACCCAGAGGAAUUCAUCGAUUCACACUUCCCAGAUGAGGAGAAAUGGCAGCUUUUGGACAAGCCCAUCUCCAUUGAGGAAUUUGAACAAAGGGUCUUCAAGACCUCAGCCUUCUUCACCAUGGGGCUCAGUCUGAUAAGUCCUCUUCGCUAUCAUAUAGUCACAGAUGAUGGGGAGGCUACCAUAUCCCUCGGUUUCUCCAAGCUGACAACGUUCACCUAUGAGAUCACGCAGCAUCAAGAUCUCCUCCACUGUGGAGCUUUAGAGCAGAAAGAGUCAAUCAAUUCCUCCUUUGGCCUUCUAACUGUUUCUCACAGGAGUAUGAAGUUGCAGCUACUGCCACCUGAAAGUGACACAUACGAUGUCAAAUUGUUUGCAAGACCUGGAAAUGCUACAACUCCUCUGGUUUGGGUUUGCUCCUUCACUGUUGAGUGUCCAAACCCAAGGGCCACUGAGGACAUGCCAGAGAACCCUUUCCUGUCCUGGGGCCUACAGCCUUUUGCAGGAUCCUUGGGUGUCAUAGGCAGUUCCCAGAACAGUGAGGUUGCCGAAGUGGAAGAUGGGGUCUUUGACCUAGUGUUGAAGACUUGCCGGUCUCUAAUGGUGUUGUGUGAACUUGUCCAUCCACAAAUGGAAGGUGCUGUAGCCAAGUGCUGCUUGGUAACUCAGAUUCAACCAGAUAACCUCACAUGUCACGUCUUGUGCCCAUUUCAUGGUUUCUACCGACUUUCAUUGUUUGUGCGGGACUAUGAGAAGACAGAAGAUAAGUUCCAGAAUGCGGCAAAUUACCUACUGCACUGCAAAGAGAAGGUUGUUGGAUUAGAAGAAUUGUUUCCUCCCAAUCUGGGCUCAGCAUGUGGGCCAGGAACCCGAACGGCUAAGGCAGGGCUAUCAAGAUUCAGCCACAACUCAGCCAUUGUGAGUACCCAGCAAGGCAAGUGUAACCUCACCUUCCACAACCAGCAGGACCUUGAUCUUCACUAUGUUCUCAGCAAAGAGAACAUAAGCUCAAAUUUUCCACUUUCACGUUACGUGUUCUGCACCUACACAGACCGCAAGGUGACUGUGAGCCUCAGUCUACCCGAGGCUGGGGUGUAUCGGCUAGGGCUCUACGCCCGGAUCACCACCGGAGGAGAUUUCAGCCCGAUGUGUGAUUUUGUUGUAAGGAACAACUCUCCUCAGAUAAGACCUCCAUUCCCCUGUGUCUACUCUGCCUGGGGGAAAGGAUGCGUGCUGUUUGAGCCCCGUGUGGGCCUGCUGGAGCCGCUCUCCUGGGUCCUUUUCAGGGUUCGGGUCCCUGGAGCCCUCCGGGUAAGUGUGGUGGGAGAGAGCCGAACUGACCUAAAACUGAACAAAAGCAGAGUCUGGGAGGGGGAAGUUUUCAGUGGAAACAGUCUUCAGCAACUGAAACUGGCAGCUUCUUUGGGCGACUCCAGUGAGAUGUCCGUUUUGAUGAUGUUUGAUGUAAAGCAGCUUCCGACUGAAGAUGCUAAUAAGGACUGACAAAACUCAAAGUCAAGAGAAACCAGUCAAACUGUGAGCUCCAGUCUUUUAGGUUUAAGAGAGUCAAUUUUAGAACUAAAUCUUCACAAUGGAAAUUAUGACUCAACUUUAAGGUGUGAAUAGGUGUGUGAGCUUUGUUCCAGUGAAGCUCUCCGAGAUAGUGACUGACUCAAGAUUAUUAUGGAUGCCCACUUUAGAUUUAUACAAGACUUCUCCAACAGUUCUAGUGCUGGUCAUAAAAACUUGAAGAACCAUUAGCAGUAAUAUUCAUCUUCUGAAUAACAUUAACUGUCUCAUAACUUGUGUGUAUGUUUUACCCUUUGUUCUUUUCCAAUCUGCUUCAGUUUAUUGGGAACAUUUUUUGUGCAGUUUGCUGGAGUUCCACUGGAGUACCUCAGUCAGACUGAGGGCUGGGCUGUUAUUAGACCAUUACACCAGUUUUUUUUUUUUUUUUUUUCCCCUUUGAGAGCCAAUCAGCUGUGGAUUUUCUGCUCUGUUCUGACUUACUGUUGUUUGUCAGAUGGCUCAAUUUUAAAUAAGCUUUGGCAGUUGGUCAAAUAACCUCUAUUGACUCAGGAAGCCUGUGAUAUUCAGUUUUCAUGGUUGAUUCAAUGAGAACAAGAUGCAAAGGUCCCGCUGCUUCAGAGGAAGCAAACAUACAGACCUCUACUGUUGUGCUUGACUUUCAGUAUGAGGUACUUCCUGUAAGAUGCUUUUUUUUUAUUAUUGUUGUACUAAACAUCUCCACUUCUCCCUCAUCUGUCCAAUAUGCAUCUCAGUGACCAUGCCUUUCUUAAAAAUAAAAUAAAAUACUGAACCAGUGUAGUAGGUGAUGAAUGUAAUUUAUCUGGCAUUAACCUAACCUUAUGACGGAGUAAAGACCAGAUGCAUUUCAUUGUCAUAAUCUGCCUAAAAGUACAUAUUUAAAAAUGGUGCUAAGUGAUGCGGUUACAUCAAUCAAGAAUGCAUUGGUGUAUAGUGAGUGUGUAUGUAAUGCAAAACUGCUGUUAAAAGGUAUGCAAUAAAAAUGCAUCGUGAAAAUAACAAGUUUAUGCAGAUUUUUAUUCCCAGUAUUCAAAGUGUUGUCUAAUUAGAUCAUUAUUUUUUUGAAAUGCUCGCCUCUAAAAAAGAGGCAGUAUUUAGUUCAUCAAUCUCACCUCAACUCUUUUCUGUGAGGCCAUUUAGAGCUUUGAAGUCAAGAAAAAGCAAAAGAAUUGUCAUCUCUCCUACAGUCUGCUGGGAGACUGUAAAGAAAAGAAAAUGUGAGUAAUAUCAACAUGCUCCAUAUAUAGCGUUACUAGCUGGGCAGCAGAAUUAUAAAUGUCUUGGAGUUGUGAAAGAGAUGGCUUAUGUACUCUAAUAAAAAGCUCAAUGCUGUAUUCUGGGCAUGAUGACAACAAUGAUUGAAUGGUUUUCUUCAACACAACUUAGAAAGGCUACUUAAACGGAAGGAGCAUGAAUAUUGAUUUGAUAUGCUCUGGAACUGUAAAAGGAGAGAAGAGCCUGACUAAUCUCAGUCAUACUGACAUUCAAGAAUAAACUAUGAUAGUUAGAGUAACAUGUACAGCUAUUAGAAUCAUUGUAGAUAGAAAAAAGUAGUGAAUUAGAAAAAUUCUUAAAAAAAAUAAAUAAAUAAAUUCUGAGGUUGAAAAGUUGAAAAUGUGGAAGAAAGAAACUUUUUUUUUUUUUACUGUUUAAUUAGCUUGUUUUUUUUUCUAGAAAAUCUUCAACUUCUGGAGCUCAGAAAUUUCCCAAUUUUUCUAGAAAACUUUUUAGAUAAAUCUUAAGGGACUGAAACUUGCAGGAUCCUCCAAAAUUUGGACAUAUGGUUAAAAGUACAAAUGUUUUGCCCUGACAGAAUAAAUCCUGUCAGAUCAGAAGGAAGAAAGUAUAAAAAAGCACAUAUAGACUAAAAAAAAGGAAAAAAAAGAAAAAAACAUUGCCUCCCUCAGUGUGAAAGUGAAUAAAUCCAGCACACUGAUCCAUUGUUGUAAUGACCUGGGCUCACUCAGCAGGCUUUGGCAGACGCUGGUGGAAGUGAUGAGUGUUUACAUGUUGCUGUCAUAUAAUAGCCCACAAAUAGCCUCGGCUCAGCGGCUCGGUAAAAAUACAAUAGAGGGGUGGGCAGGAGAAAAAGGGGAACGGUGGAGAUACGGCGAGUGUUUUAAGUGGGCUAAAAGUGUAAAGGGUGGGUAGUCUUGCCCCUAGUCGCUGGGGAGUAACUGGCGGCACGGUGGUGGCAGGAGAGGGGCGAGGAAACGCUGAUGUCAGAGGUCAGACAUGCGGAGGACUGGAUCUGCCUGGCAACAAUGCAAGGACACGCAAAGGGCCCCGUCUUCCUUUCUCUUUCUCACACACACACACACACGCCCACGUGCGCGCAGGGCUCACGAAGCAUUAGGAAAUUGAAGGAUAUGUAGGGCACCAUCCUCAAUUUCUCUCAGCAGAAUUUGGGCCGCUGCUUUCACUUAAAAAAAAAAAAGAAAAAAAAAAAAGAAAAACAUGUUAUGAAAACACACUCAUAAAAGCUCUUACGUACACCGCUGAUCUGUUUAACCCAACUUUCCCAAUCCCUCUCUGCCACAGAUGGCGCGGAUACAAGCUUUCAAGGCAGGAAGGACUCGUGUUCUCUCACCAGGUGAAAAAUCCACAGCCGCGCUGAACUGGCUGGGAGCGCUGCUGCUGCCACCGCUGUCUGGGAACAACCUGUAGGCUUUCAAAUUCAGUCCACCACAUGCCGCGAUGAGGGAUAAGAGAAGACCUUCUGGCAUAUAAAUAUCUUUAUUAGUUAUGUGGUGCAAUAAAUACAACAGUCAAUUUAGAAAAGCAUCAGUCACAGGAGGAAAAACUGAAGUUACAGUAGUUUUGUGCAAACGCAAGUCGCUUUAGCUCAUUUCCUCGCGAACCCUUCGAAUAAAAUCUGGAAGUCAGUUUGGCACUUUUAAAAGUUACUUUGCUUUUCAUGACAAUAGAGAACAAGAAAUUAUUUAUUUAUUUAUUUAUUUUUUGUAAAAGUUGAAAAAGAAAUUAGCCCUUUAUUUUAAAUAUAGAUAUAAUCCCGCCGUCAUGACAUCAAAUAACCGCUGACUUCCAUCAUGACUGUUCCUUAAAAUCUAUAACAGCAUGGUUGUAGUUUUUUUUUUUUUUUUUCAACCAGUCUGUGUGAGGCUACACAUCAAAUAUUUCAAGCACAAUUUCACCUCCGUACGCCUCGGUAACGCUUAAGUUUGGUCGUACAAAUAUGAAAUCUUAGGUAAGUUAAUCACAUUAAACCUGAGCAAAAACCUUCCAUUUCCUGGGAUGACUGUAAGGAUGUGAAGCCUGUGAUUUUCUUUUAACCUUACCAGGACAGAACAGUCUGAACAAUUAGCAUCAAUGUUCCCUUUAGGCUACUAAAAUAUUCUGGGAGGUAAAAAUCCAUUUUCAAGCUGCCUUUUCCCAAAACACUUAAAAAUACCAUAAAAAUAUCCAUCUUGUUAACAAGUGGGCACAUGCCAAACUGCUGUAGAGUUUUAAAGGGAUAGUUCAGAUUUUCUGAAGUGAUGUUUCAUGAAAUUGCUUUCAGUUAUAGAGGCGGUUCAGGCAUUAAUGGUGCCCCAGGAGGUGAGAUUUUACCAAUUUCUCCCCCCAGAAAACUAUUUCUGUGAAGAUCACAGUGGUGCCUGUGGUCAUCGGGACCCUCGGGGCAGUCACCCCCAAACUGGAACAGUGGCUACAACAGAUCCCAGGAACAACAUCAGGCACAGCCAAGAUACUGCGCAGAACCCUCAAGCUCCCAGGCCUCUGGUAGAGGACCCGAGCUAAGAAUCAUCACCCGCGGUGUAUAUAUGACACCCGUUUAGCUAAGGAAGCUAACACUAACUUCUCAGAUCUCACUUAAAAAUCUUAACUAUCCCUCUAAAGCCAAUCUUUAAAAGUAGAAAAUAAAUUCCAAAAACAUUUUCUCAAACUGUAGUUACAAGGAUACCACAAUUCCUUCCCAACCUUGUAGAACCAAUUGACACCAAACUUCGUUUUUGUCCUAUAACUUCAGCUACAGCACACAAGACAGAAACAAAGGAGCGCUCAGUUUGCCGAAGAGCUGUGAAGCAGUCACCCGUUGGAGGCUUGUGGAGGGCUCAGUUGGGCUCCCGAUUCUCAAUAAACAGGGAUCACCCGAUUUUUUUUAUUGUCUUUAUUUAUUUAUUUUUCUUUUGUUGGAGAUUUUCGCAAAUUCGAAAAGUACACCUGAUUUGAGCCCGAGCCUGCCAGCAGCCUCGCUGUGUGACUUCGCCCACUUUCGCCCUCCGGCUUUGUAAAUAAAACACACCGCUUUAAAGAGCGACUCCAUGGAUUCCUUUCACCAACACUGUUGAAGGACAGAUUCUUGCCUGACAGCACCUCCUUUCCCUGUCACGGGGAGAAGGAUGAAGCUCUGAAAGCAGCUUUAAUCUCUGCUUUUCUUAGCUGUAGCCAAGGCACAGCUGGAUCAGAGAAACCUGACGUCUCACAACUGAUCAGAUUCUUGUCAGUUUUUUUUUUGUUGUUGCUGUUUUUGUGCGUGUGUGCGCUUUUCUACAAAAGAUUUGCAUCUGCCUUUACUUCUGCUGAAGCUUGUGCGUGAGGAAACCAUUUUGUUCAAUUCACAGUCUUACAAAAAUACUAUUUGUUGCUUUGAGGUAAAUUCAAAUUCUUCGCAGAUAUGUAAAAUAAACGUGAGUUUUCUUUGCUUCGUUGUACCAGUUUGGUGAAAGGCAUUUUUUUUUAAAAAAGAAGGAAAAUCCAAGUAUAUGUAUUGUAAUAUUCAAAUGACAUCUCGACAUGCAAAUCUACACACAAGAGUUGCGAUAGUACCCAUGGAUAAAUGAGUCUAUAUAUCGGUUAGUGGAAAUUCUGUUUAAAUAUCACUAACGUGUAGCAGAACCCCGUCUCUUUAAGGACUUACUGGGGUCUCGGGCUCCCUACCGUUUGAUCCACAGCCGGGUUCAAAGGUCUGCCAACGGUCUCCCAUGCAUCUGCCUCCCAACCACCUCGCUGUCAAUCAAGGUAACUCUCUGCAGUAUUACAUAAACUCACAACUAUGCCAACUGUUGCUGAAAACAGACAGCCUCCCGGAGUGCAUCGUUGAAAUGUUCAAGCGGGGAUCCAGCUUAGAUGCAAGUUAUCCUUUUGUCACCAAAGGAUUAAGGUUCUACAUAAUCCUGUACCAUUUCUGAAAAAGCUCCGUAAUCUGUUGGAAUUUUGUCCCAUCCGUUGUGAGCUGAGGUAAUACUUAUCGUUUUGGUUUUUUUCCCCCCAGUGGUAUUUAAUUGCAACAAAGCCCUCGAUUUUGCCAUGUGAGCAGCGGUGGCAGCAAAGAACAGAAAACCAGCGGCGGGAGCUGGAGAAUUCAGCAGCUCAUUUGUUUCAUCUUCGUCCUUAAAGAGGCAUCACAUAUAAAAACACACUGAGGAAUUGCACUUUUAUCAAGUAGAGGAUGGUUAAGAGAAGAAAUAUGAAACGAGCUCCUCUCCAUGUAAAUUUUUGGUAGAUAAUGGUGAAGUUUAGCUGCUUUUCUGUAGUCUAAUAACUUGACAAAAGGACUGGAGCACCACUAGAAUGAAAGGAUAUGGCUUCUACAGACCAGAGUGCACUUUAAGGAGAGAAAUCAUGGGGCCAGUAGGGUCACGUUGACUUUUAGCUAGCGAUAUUAAUUACGUUUUGCUCAUUUAACAGGUUUCCAUACACAUUUGUAUGAAAGCUUCACCAAAUGAGAACAUUUCACAGUGAAAGACGGAAUUUAAUCUAACUUGACAUCCCAAGGCUGCUUUUAUUAGCCUCCUGACUAAAAGGUGCAGUCUGCUUAUUACAUUAACUCUAUUUUGAAUGUAUGCCUUUAAAUCUUCCGAUACUAUCGAAAGCAGAGAUGCACGGAGAAAUUGGGAGUUUAUCGUGAUCUGAUAGACUCAAGAAUCUUUCCCCAGUUAGUGACAGGUGUACUGUUAGUACUGCUCAGUGUGGAAGGUGUUACUGUGUGGAGAAGGGUUAAAGUUACCUAUUUCCACUCACUGUGAAGUCUUAAAGUCAAAUUAAUGUAAAAAAUAAUAAUAAUUAGUUUAAGGAGACUGUAUUUCUUUCAGCUUGCUAACAUUUGGGUUGUUUGUUGAGUCUGUGAGAAAGCAAGAGGCUCAACAGAUAACAGGAAGGCUGAACAGAACCACAAAGAACUUUUGUGCUUUAAAACUGUUUAAAUGUUGAUAGACUUAUCGAUAAAAAUGUCUGGCGUAAGGUCAGAAUCUGAACGCUUGCCGUUCUCACAAUGUUAGCCAUGUAAUUCACACUAAUCGCCAAAAUAACCAAGGUCAAAAUGUCAACGCAAUCAUUACUUUGUGUUGGUUGUGAUAUAUUUAUAGAGUCUCCUUAUGUGAGGACGGCUAACAGUAAUGGCUUUUUGAUAUUGUUCUACCAUCUCAUAUCAUCGUGGCUAAAGACAAAUUGUCGUUAGCCUAAUGCCGUAUCAGCAGGUCAAAGUUUUCCAAAACCCAGAGAUCAACAAAAAAAAACUGUCAAAUUUCUGAAUGGUGCAUCUUUACUUGGAAGAUUCCUACUACUAUUUUAAAAAAUCGAGUUUUAGAGUUUAUCAUUCAAGAGUGUCUACACUAUGUUACUAUGUGGCCACACAAAUACCAGCACAUGUUCACGGGUGAAUUCUGCGCCUAUUAUAUCCACUUUCUCAAACGUUGUAGAAUUCCAAAGCCUGUGCAGGACCAGCAAAACACAGGUUUGGAAAUUCUUCAAUUUCAAAGACAUGCAUGUGACAUCAACGUGGUAUUCAAUCACAGAGCAAACAGCAGCAAAGCAACUCACUUAAAAAGGACGUCAAGUCCAAAUCUUUGUGACUAAGCCUUUAACUAUGCUCCACUAAUGUGUAUCUAACAUUAACCAUUUAUGAACGUAAAUCAAGGUUUUGCCCAAAUAUGUUGACACCAAUUUUUGCAGUAUUUUCUUUUUAGAAAUAGUAUGUAUUUAUUCACAUAUUUGUGAAAACGGUCACCAUGACAGCCUAAUAUAAGACAGAAAAUCUGUUCAACCUCACAAAUUCCUCUGUCUUCACCCUGUGGUCCUACUGCCAUCUGCUGAAAUAAACUGCUAGGUCAAAACCAGGAGGAGGGUCUUACCACUGUCAAUCACACUUGUCAAUGUGCUGCUCACAAUUUCUUCCUUGCUCUUUGCUAUGCUACAGCUAGAACCCCCACAACUCAGCCUGCCGCGAAUGUUAAGAUUAGUUAGCACACUAGAAACUGUUUUCCUGUAAAGUUUAGUUGUUUUUCCACCAUCACUACACAAGCAUGAUUGACUGCGCUGAGCCCCUCCUCCUUGCUUCGAUUGGUUGCUUCUGACCUAGAGCAGUUUCUGCAGAUGGCAGAAGAACCACAGGAAGAAGGCAGAGGAGCUCAAGUUUUUCUGUCUCAUUUUAUAAAGUCAUGACAUAUUGACAGACUUAACAAAUAAAAAAAAAAAAUAACAUAUUGUUUUUAAAAGUUACAUACUGCAGCCUUCUGAAAAAGCACCACUGAUCUGUCUCUCCUAUUUGAAAGAACGCUUUAAUGAACUGGCUGAAGUGUUUACAGAAUAAAUAUGUCAAGUGGAAAUGUCAUCUGUGUGACUCCAUGUGUUUUUGACAGCUUACAGCUGGUAUAAAAUGACUAAACCUCGCUUUAGACUCUUAAUCAAUUUAAAGUACUGUACAAUUAGAAUCUCCUGGAGGGUGUCUGUCUUUUUUUUUUUUUUUAUAAAGCCGGGGAUGGCUUGUAGAGACGUGACAAACAGUAGUGUUGAGCCGUCGAGCUUUCUAAUGUUUACCACUCCGCGACCAAACGCUCCCUCUGCUCCAGCGUGGCUCGCGAACAAGCUAACAGGUGGACGGCGGAUUGGGUGACAACAGAGGAGGAGCGAUUCUUGAGAAACCCCACCAGGGAGCCUACCAGGAUCGUACGGCUAUUCAAGCCAACCCAGAAAUAGACGCAUUAAUUCGCCGACUGUGACAAACAGAAAUGCUCAAGCUGUGAGAGUGUGUGAUUGAAAAUCCCCCUUCGGUUGUGAAAGUGCCAUAGCUCGCAGGCUUUGUGCCGUAAUCAUGUCGAGUUUAAGGUCGUGUUUUGGUUUCGGGUCCAUCUGUAUUUCGAUCCGAAUGACAACAACUUGCUGUUUCGUUCAGAGCUUAUUGCGAGGCAGGCGGUCGCUGCCUCACCUGACGGAGUGGAGGGCACUCGAAGAA